CCGCCGGGGCUGGCGCCGGCCCCGCUGCGCUGACAGCCCGCGGCCGCUGCCAGGCGGGGCGGCGGGGCAGGGCCGUCCCGUCCCGCACCGCGCCGCGCCGGCCAUUACGGGCGCGACGCUGCUUCCCCAUGGGCAGCCGGGCGGGGAGCGGGCAGCCCUCAGGAGAUGGCAUACCCGAAGCAGCCGGUGAGAGUCAGGAAGGCUUACCAGAGAACAGCUAUUUACAAUGGUUGCGACAGCUUCUAUAAACUUCAGUUCAAUGAUAUGCUACUCAAUCCUGGGACCCUUUUUCCCUUCAGAGGCAAUAAAAAAAGGUGCCAGUAACACGAUUGUUGGCCUGAUUUUUGGAUGUUUUGCUUUGGUCAACUUCUUGUCGUCUUUAAUCUUGGGAAAAUAUCUUACACAUAUUGGAGCAAGAUUCAUGUUUGUGGCAGGGAUGUUUGUUUCGGGAUGUGUGACCAUUCUGUUUGGAAUGCUGGACAAGGUGCCAAGUGGACCAAUGUUCAUUGGUUUCUGCUUUUUAGUAAGGGCAAUGGAUGCAGUUGGUUUUGCAGCAGCAAUGACAGCAUCAUUUUCAAUCCUUGCAAAGGCAUUUCCCAAUAAUAUAGCUACUGUCCUGGGCAGCCUUGAAAUUUUUACAGGACUCGGACUGGUGUUGGGCCCACCUUUAGGUGGCUUUUUAUAUCAAUCAUUUGAUUAUGAGGUCCCUUUCAUUACACUGGGAUGCAUAGUGUUGGUCUUGGUGCCGAUGAAUAUGUGUCUAUUACCAAAAUACGAUUCAAUCCCUAGCAAAGACUCCUUUUGGAAGCUUAUUCUUCUGCCGAAAGUCUUACUGCUUUGUCUUACUAUAUUUUCUCUAAGUGCAUGCUUGGGUUUUUUGGAUCCAACAAUGUCUCUCUUUAUCCUAAAGAAGUUCAGACUCCCAGCUGGUUAUGUGGGUUUGGUAUUCCUUGGGUUGGCACUCUCGUACUCCCUGUCUUCCCCCCUCCUUGGACUCCUAAGUGACAAGUUGCCAUACCUCAGGAAGUGGCUGCUGGUAUCUGGAGGCUUAAUGACAGCACUGUGCUUCUUCAUGUUAGGACCUGCUCCUGUACUGCACAUUGAAAGUCAGCUGUGGAUGUUUGUGCUAGUGCUGGUUUUGAUUGGCUUUUCCCUUGGCAUGUGUGCUAUCCCAGUGUUUCCAGAGAUACUGCACUGUGCAUAUGAGAAUGGAUUUGAAGAAGGUCUGAGUCUGCUGGGACUGGUGUCUGGGCUCUUCAAUGCCAUGUGGUCCCUUGGGGCUUUUGCAGGUCCAACUCUGGGAGGAUUUCUAAAUGAAAAACUGGGUUUUGAAUGGGCCUCAGCCAUCCAGGGAGGAUGGGCACUGUUAAGUGGUCUUGCAGCUGGAAUAUUCUAUAUCACUGAGGCAACAAGGAGAAGUUCCAUUUCCAGCCUGCAAACUCCUUCUGGUGACGAUGAAGAAAGAACUCAUCUGAUGGGCAGUGAAACAUAGCAAGACAUACUUUCAGUUCUCUGUUUACUAUUGUGGUUUAACCUAGUGUUGAGAUGAGUGGACUUAACAGUGUUUCAUUAUUCUGGAGCUGGGAUACCUGAUCCCUUAGUGAACAACCAGUUGUGGUUUAGUUGUAGCUGCAUUACUGUUUUGAAACACUAAACACUGACUGCCUUUCUUUUGGAAGUCCUCAUGUGGAUUGGCUGAAAUGAUGAAUAACCCUCAGAUGUCAGCCUGUUUAAUUGUGUCCCAUAUACAAGUGCACCACUGUAUGUGAAGAUGUGUGUUUUCAAAUGCUUGGUUUCUAUACUUGAGCCUGCUGUGCAUUAUUCUUGGUAAAGCGACUAUUUUGCUACCAUGAUUUUCUGUAUUUUUUUAAAGAAAGUUCAUUAUCUUGUAAUACUUUAAUUGAUAACAUAAAAUGCUGAAAAAGAAUUUGAAAUGACAAAGCAUUAGGCACAAUAUUGUUUUCAAUAAAGCAACUUUUUUUUCUAAGUUUUGUGAAUUUUCUUAGACUAGAAGAGUCUAAAAGGCUUUGUGUCUACCAGCACUUAUAUUAUCUUGAAGGUGCCUGAAAAUGGGAGGUAAAGGUAAUGAAGAGAAGACUUCGUAUCUCCACACAACUUACCUUCAGUCCUGGAAGAGACUUGGCAUCGCGUGUGUGUAUAUACGUACACAUACAAUGUAUGUUUGUAUAAUAUAUGAAGACUCAGCUUGG